GAAUUCCAAAAAGGAACUGAAUGAUAUUCGAUUUGAAUUUACUCCUGGGAGAGAUACAGCGGAGGGUGUCUCUCAGGAGCUCAUUUCUGCUGGCCUGGUCGAUGGAAGGGAUUUAGUAAUAGUUUUUUUCUUUUUCUUUCUUUGAACCUGAUGUGAAUUCUAGCAACCAUUAUUAGGAAAAAGCACAGCCUUAGAUAGAGGCAGCCUAAUUGUGUCUGUUUUGUUCAUGGUGUCUCUAAGUGUUUUGCUGAAGCUGCUCUCAGGCACCCCCUUCAUUGCUCCCUCCAGAAAGGGUUGCUAGCCUUAACUUCAGCCGGUGCAAAACAUUUGACUAUAGUCAAACUUUAGCCAUCUGAUCCUUCAAGUGAACCUUUGGAAUGUUUUUGUAGAAAACAUCAAGCAAUGGCUUAUAAAUCUUGCCAUAGGUAGUUUUUGAACAGAAAAAAAAAAGUCAUAGGCAUAUCAUUAGGAAAGUAUUUUCAAUUACAAAAUAAUUAAACUGAAGAAAAACUGCUCAUUGAUCCUUCAUGAAGAUUGAUUUACCUGGCCUCUAAGUCAUGAAAAAGUGGGUGUACAAGGCUGAGAUUUCUACAGCAAUAAAGGUGACUCACACUGGGCUAGAGGCCUGCCUUCUGUUCCUCUCCUGCACUGACUUUUUGGAGGGGGUCUUUGUGCGCUAAACCUGACUGAAGAUGGAACAUGAAACCACAUGUGCCGUGACCUUUAGGAUUUAUGAGUAGACAGUGUUUGGUUUUCUAUAGAAAUUAUAUAAAUUAUUCUUUAGGUUUAAAAAGAGCACUCAAUGCAAUAUGUGAAUAAUCAAUAGGAUUGAUUUUUUUUUCUUUUUUCCUACUGUUUCAUAGUCAACCUUUGUCUAAUUGCUAAUAAGCCUACCAAGUUUUAUAUAAGAAUGAGAUAGUCGAUCUGGCCUUAAAGAGACACACAAAGAUGGGCUAUGGGCCCACAGAAAAGGAAGAGUUGCCUUUUAUAAAAUCACUUGCACCUGUCAUUGUUGGUCUUAUGAUCAGGAUUGCCGAAUGUGCGUUCACCCACCCCACACAGUUGUAGGGCUCACAUCCCAGAUUUGCUCAUGCAAAUGGUUCUUUCUAGAUUUCUCUUGGAACACACCUGAAAGUUUUCCCCAUAUCUGACUUGUCUCGCCUUUUGUUUAAUUUAUUCUGAGCCUAUAGUUUUCAGUCAUGGGCUUUCUUUACUCGCUGUGGGUACAAAGGCAUAUUGGAAAAGGGAUGUUGAAGAGGAAGAGAGGGUAUGGGUUUGAGAUGGGGGUUAGGAGAAUAGAUUAGAGUAGACUAGACACUAAAGUCCAAGGUCCCAGCAGGGUUGGUAUGAAGGAGAGAGCCUGCUGAGCUAGGAGGGAGAAAAAAGAUUGGCCAGCUAGCUGGAAAAACACUUAGUGGUUGAUUUCUUUUUUCUUUUUUUUCUCUCUCCUUUUUUCAUUUUCUCCUCCUUUUUGAGGUUAGGGUUAAUAGGAGGUCAGGACAGGGAGAUGGGAAUGAGAUCUGGAAAAGAGACAGUGUCAUCUUUUUGACACAAGACUAGUGGCUCACCAUAGAAUCUGUUUUGAUUUCAGACAACUCACUUUAAUUCACUCAUUUAUGAAUGCAUGGAGGAGUGUGUGGCACCACUCUGUUCUGACUUUUGACUUGCUAGUCCAGCAGCAGACUGGGACCACACAGCAGCCCCUCCUGUUCACUUUCUCCAGACCAUCAUUACCUUUGCUCUACUGUGGGGGGCAGGCAUGAUAGCAAAAGUGGGCUGGGGCUUUCUUUUUCAGUUCAUUGUUUGCUUGUCUGGGAAUUAGGCAUAGGCAUCGAGUCCCAGGACAGUGUUAUUUCUUCUGCAUGAUGUGUGGUGAAUUUCCUCUGCUGGCUUGUGCAGUGAAGCUGAGAAAACAAGUGAACAGAAACUGCCCAGGUGGGACAGCAUGUAACCUAGGGAGCUGCCUCCCUUCUUGCCAGGAGCAGUGGUUCAGGGUGUACUUUUGUCACUCAGUCCUCAAGACACCCUUGUCCCUGGAGUUGGGACUAACCAUAGCACAAGGUCAUAUGUGCCAAUGCUGUUUGUGAAAUGUAUGGUCUUUCUAAAUGACUAAUGGAGUUGCUGGGGUUUUUGCUUCUGUUUUGAACCAAAUCCUAGAGCCAGCUGAGCCUAUUUAAUAAUUUGGAGGGUAGAAUAAAGAUGUAUCAGUAAGUGGAAGGUCCUUCUUACCAUGUGUGCUAGAUUAUGAAAGAUGUAAAAUAUUCAAUUUUUCCCUUUUUUGACUUUGUAUUUUACUGCAUGUUUCCUUGAUUUUUAAUCAAUAAACAAUGAAUUGUCCUUA